AGCCUUACUAGCGCGCGCGCGAGCAGCUUUCAGCGCGUGGGCCCUGCCUUUAUUAUUAAGGCGGGCAAAGGAAACGAUAAUAAUAAUAAAAAAAGAAGAAGACGAGGAGGAGGAGAACGGAGAGGGCUUGAGGGCUGCGAAGACGGCGCUUUGCUGGAGAGCUCCGGGCCAAGGGCGCGCGCGUGCGUGCGUGCGCGCGGGUGCAUUCCGCCGCGUGCCAUCCCCCUUUCCCUUCAUCUCCUUCAUCCCGCGCUUGCCCCCUCCUCCUCCUCCUCCUCCAGGACCCGCUGCUUCGUUCUGAUUGGCCGUUUGGGGUCCCGGCCAGGUGUCGGCAGCAGCGAGAAGAGGGCAGAGAGUGCGGAAAAGGGGAGAAGCAGGAGCAGCAGCAGCCUCUUCCAGAGCCAGAAAGCGUUUGGCGACCGCUCCCUCCUACCGAAGGAGAACCCCUUUUUCCUUCAGUCUGGGAAGGCUGCUCGCUUCCUCUGUCCAAGGAGGGAAGCCAGGCGUUGGGACGCUGUUCACCUCCUCGGCUGCAAAGGUUCUUCAGCUAUUGAUUGCACUGAGGAUAGAACUGCUUAAUCAUGGGGAGGAAGCUGGACUUAUCUGGCUUGACAGAAGAUGAAGCUGAACAUGUUCUUCAGGUAGUCCAACGAGAUUUCACCCUCCGCAAAAAGGAAGAAGAUAGACUGAGUGAAAUGAAGCAGAAGCUUGAUGAAGAAGUUGACAAAUGCAGCAUCCUUUCCAAGCAACAGAGAUUUAAUGAGCGCUGCUGCAUGCGUUGCUGCUCCCCUUUUACUUUUUUUAUCAACACAAAGCGACAGUGCCAAGACUGCAAAUACAACAUCUGUAAGAACUGCAGCUCCUACCAGAGGAAGGAAAAAACCUGGCUCUGCAAUGUAUGCCAACAAGCUAGGCUCUUAAGGGCUCAGUCCCUGGAAUGGUAUUACAAUAAUGUGAAAAGUCGUUUCAAGCGUUUUGGAAGUGCUAAAGUCCUGAAGAACUUAUACAGAAAACAUCGAAUGGAGACUGGAGCUUAUUCUGAUUUACUAGAAGUAGGAAGCAUAUGUGAAGGAACCAUAGAAAAUGACGGAAGCAUAUGUGGCAGUGACUCUACUUUCUACAGACAGUCAGAAGGACACAGCAUGAUGGAUACCCUUGCCGUGGCUUUACGUGUUGCAGAAGAAGCGAUAGAAGAAGCUAUUUCUAAGGCAGAGAUGUUCAGUAACAAUAGUUUGGACAAACAAAAUGAAGCUCGUUACUUGCGAGACCAUAAGGAAGAGCUCAUUGAAGAACUUGCUACCACCAUCGUCCAGAAGAUUAUAAGAAAGCAGAAGAACAAAACUGAGCAAGUGGAGGCUGGAACUGACUGGCCACAAUCCAGAAGCAGCAGUGGCCCAACAUCUGUUACUCUCUCAGAUCAGAGCAUGUUGACUUUCCCGGGGAGUCGUAGGGGAUCAUACACAUUAUGGAGGUCACAGUCGGCAUUCUCACUGACUACCGAAGAAGCCUCAAGCAGAGAUGUGGACCUUGCCUCUUCUGUGUCUGAGUCUCUCUGGAAACAACCAAAAGCCCCAGUCAGGUCCCAAAAAGACCACAGGCUGUCUGCAUUGCCCAGCUGGAAGAGUGUGGAUCGAUUAAAUGAACCAACUUUCCCUCCUGUUUUAGAAAGUACUGAUGGAAAUUGGGUGGCCUUGCAAAAUGUCACGUUGCCUCAUCCUCGAAUGCUUGCCAAACCAAAGAGCCAAGUAUUCAGAGUUUUGGAAAAUGAAUCUAAUGUUGUGUCUGCUUAUGAUGAGAUGGGCUCAGAAAGCGAAGAUGACUAUGAUUGGAAUGUGGCUUUGAACAAACUACGCCGGAGGCCCAAGCAUCUGUCAAACUCUGCCGAUUCCCCGUGCAAUACUGAGUGGGCUUAUGGAAAUGAACUGCACCAGCCAAUGACCUCGCCUUCAUCAGGACUAUUUGCCAAUGAGACAAUGUGCUCUGAUUCCGAAACAUCAUCCAUCAAUUCUUCAAGGGAGGCUAGGGGAACUAGCCUUCCUCCUUGGAUACAAAGGAGAACUUGUAACAAUAAGUCUCGAGAGGAUAAAGCACAAUUACAUGGAGAGCUAGAUGUAAACUUCAAUCCACAGACUACCAGUUUAGAUUAUUCAGACAGCAGUGAGAGCGAGGAAGCCUAUCACGACUUAGAAAAGAGAUCAAAGAGGUGGAAGAAAAGCAAGGCUAUCUCUGAAGAUUUAUGUAGAGGCAAAAAUCGCACAAAAACACACAAGAAGACUUUGAGCACAAGUCAGGCAUCUGAGGAUUUAUCAGAAACUGACAUAAGCAGUGAAGAUCAACAGCAUCAAACCAUGGCAGAUCCUUUGGAAGAAAAGCUAAAGUCAAGGUUAUAUGAAUUGGCUGCAAAAAUGAGUGACAGCAGGGAAACCUCUUCAGAGGAGCAAGUGUCAGAACCCAGAACAGAAUCUGAGAAUCAGAAAUCCUGUAUAUCUUCAGAAGAUAGUGGUAAACGUGUUCAAGAUGAGUUAAAGAAGGAAAAACAAAAGGCAUUUGAUCUCCAUCUAAAACUUCAAUUUUUAACUUCAGCACUUCAGCAGAAAUACUCUGCUGUAUCUCUUUGCAACAUCUCCACUGAAGUUCUAAAAGUCAUCAAUGCAACAGAGGAGCUCAUAGCAGAAUCCACAGGACCGUGUGAUUUCCCAGCAGAUACCCACGACAAAGGAAAAGGGGAGUUUCCAUUAGGCACAGACCCUAUCAGACUUGAUGAGCAACUCACAACACUGGAAGAAAAUGUCUAUCUGACAGCUGGCAGUGUUUAUGGUUUGGAAGGUCAGCUAAAUGAGUUAGAGGAAGCGGCACGUGAAAUUAACAGCAUUACUGCUGAAUCCGAACUGGCUGAUCUAGAGGAUCAAGUGGCAACAGCAGCAGCACAAGUUCACCAUGCAGAACGUCAGAUUUCAGAUAUUGAAAGCAGAAUUUCCGCGCUUACAGUAGCAGGCUUGAAUGUGGCUCCAUGCAUUCACCUGAGAAGAAAACGUGAACAACAGCAGACAAACCAGAUGCACACAAUAGACACAUCCAGACAACAGAGACGAAAGCUUCCAGCUCCACCAGUGAAAGGUGAAAAUGUGAAUGUCUCUCCAGUUACCCCUGUUAAAACAUUUAACAGGAAUUUUAUACUCCAAGGAUCUCUGACACAAAGAACAAAAAUGGAGAGAAAAAGCACUGCCAAGGAUUUGAAGGAACCAACUAUAGGGUCUGCUGUAAUGUACUAGAAUUGCAGAAUUUUACUGCCAAUAACACACUGCCUAAGGCUGCAAACUAGAGUGCCUUUAUAUAACAGCCAUUGUAUACAUCCAAUUAAAAAACAGACCCUCAAGAACCCAUAAUGCCUCAGUAAUAGGGCUUUGUUUGGAUACCUCACUGAGCAAGCUGUUCAAGUCUUCAGCAUUGUGGUCUGCUGUUUGAAAUUCUGCCUUAAAGUUUUCAAGAGACUCUAGGAAGGACAUUGAACUUCAUAUAAGCAAGAUUCCACAUUUUACAAUGCACUUUUCCUCACAUUGUCAAUUGUACUAAAGUAUGUUGUCUUGAAAAUACAGUAUGUUUUGUAGUCUUAAUUCAUCCAUUAAUGUUGAUCAAGGUCUUAUGUGGAAGUCAAGAAAAAAGUCAAAUCAUCCAUCCUGUGAUCCAUAUAUCCCGGGACCUUAUUGUUCACACCGUUAAAUCUAUAUGAUGUUGCCAGAGCAAUAAGAAGUUUUCCAGGAGUAACUGGUACUUCUGAAACAAAUUGUGGAGAGGUAUAAUAAUAAUCAAGGAGAAGGUUGAAUGCUUUCAGCUGAGAGGGAAAGCAGUUUCCCAUUUGGGAUUUCUCCUUGCAUUUCAUUAUAGCAUCCUCUGCUCGGCAGCACAUGAAUGUCCCAAGUGCAUAUGUUUGCUGGUUAAGUACACUUUACCCUAACUACAUUUGAAACCGCACCCAUUCUCAAGAAUUGUCAAAGCCAGUUGGUGAUUUAGGUAUAUUCCCAACUGAAAUCAGUCCAUGCCUUUCAGUCUUGCAACCUGACUUAUCUCAAGAGGGAACAUUCAAACUACUGUAACUGGGUUGCUGUGAGUUUUCCGGGCUGCAUGGCCAUGUUCCAGAAGCAUUCUCUCCUGAUGUUUUGCCCACAUCUAUGGCAGGCAUCCUCAGAGGUUGUGAGGUCUGUUGGAAACUUGGCAAGUGGGGUUUAUAUAUCUGGAAUGUCCAGGGUGGGAGAAAGAACUCUUGUCUGAGGCAAAUGAGAAUGUUGCAAUUGGCCAGCUUGAUUAGCAUUGAAUAGCCUGGCAGCUUCGAAGCCUGGCUGCUUCCUGUCUGGGGGAACCCCUGUUGGGAGCUGUUACCUGGAUUACCCAGGCAGGAAGCAGCCAGGCUUUGAAGCUGCAGUGCUAUUCAAUGCUAAUCAAGGUGGUCAAUUGCAGCAUUCACACUUGCCUCCACCAGACAUUCUACAGAUAUAUAUAAACCCUACUUGCCUAGUUUCCAGCAAACCUUACAACCUCUGAGGAUGCCUGCCAUAGAUGUGGGUGAAACAUCAGGAGAGAAUGCUUCUGGAACAUGACCAUGCAGCCUGGAAAACUCACAGCGACCCAAUGAUUCUGGCCAUGAAAGCCUUUGACAACACAUUCAAACUAAUUUAUCAACUUUACUUCCAAAUUUAUAAAUAAUAAAUUCUUUAAAAGGAGCUUGACAAAUCAAAGUGAUCACCCUAUUUGUUUUUGAGAAGCAUAUAAUUGUAGUUUAAGGACAAUAUUAACUGGAAGGCUGAUGUUAGGUUUCUUUUCAGAAGGCAUAGAUUCCCAACUGUUCCCUAUGACGGACUGGCAAAAAAACUGGCACUGGGCCAGAAUAAUUGGCAAAGAGGGGUUGUCAAUUGAAUAUCAUGAGCUAAAGUAAGUCAGAAGUGCUGAGCACACUGGAAAGUUUCUAAAUUUACUUUAAUUGCCGCAACUUUGGAGUAGUCAAGGCCUAGUAUUCAUAAGUAUCAAAGGAAAGGGAGUUAUAAUUAAACUCCAAUUCAGCUCAACACAAUCAAAGAAAUGGCUCCCUUUUACUAAUCUUCCUCUCAUAUGGUGUUUGCUGCCUGGGACCUCCAGAUAUAAAUUGAGGUCAUUGAUUCAGACUUUCAAUAAGAUUCACAAUCUCUGCACAAGAUUUGCACCUGAUGCUCUUUCUUAGAUACAGCUAAAAUGCCAUUUCCUAUGCAGAUUAUCAGUUAACUCAUUAGAACGCCACUAUAUCCAUAAGCAUGGAUUAAAAGUCUAGAAAAGCUCACAAUUUCCUCACUCCUCAACUUUACAAAUGGAGGGGUGGUCAAAAAAGGAACCUGGGCUAUAGUCCAAAGCACACUUCCUAGGGAGCAUGUCCCACACAACUUAAUGGAACUUACUUCUGAAUAAGGAGGCAUAGUAUUGCAGCACCACCACCAGAAGUAUGUACCUGCAGCAAUUGAAACACCAUUAACUUUGUUUGAUUUAUUCCUAAGGCUUUAUCUAAAUUGACAUUCACUGAUUCUUUUUUACUGCAGACAAGAUAAUGCCAUCAUGUCCAUGCAUGAAGUUCUUAUUCAUCUUUUAUAGACUUGACUAAUCAGAUGGCAGAAUUUUGUCUACAGUGCAUAACAGUCCAUAUAGUAUGAAAUCUAAUAAAAAGCUUGUUUAAAAAUUAGGGAUUGAAUUCAAUUGUAAAUGACUCACUUCCUAUUCACAUAACUCUUUCUGCACUUGUCCGGAAUACAUUCCCAGAUUCUUGUUUCUGCAGAUCUGCGUGUAACUGAGAUGUCAAAAAUGACAGAUGGUCUACAUAUUUGUCCAAUGAUACUAUUAGCUAACUCAGUGUAUGUAAUAUUAUUGAAUCAAGACAUCACCACUUUUAAUAGAUAACUCUUUGGCUUUUGUUCUGUUGGUGUGAUAUAAAACAAAUCAGUUUGAAAUAGAAUGUUUUCCAUAAGAGGCAUGAAAAGCAACUAUAGUGUUCAAAUGUUAAACUAUUCAGUCUUCUUUGAGAAAAAUGUGUACUGUGUAGGCAAUGCAAAAAAAAAAAAGAAAGACAAGAAGUUCCUGCCUGCUGUGUGGCAUUUCAAUUUUUACAAAGGUUUUACUUGUGCCAAAUGUGCAAAGAUUUAAUUUACAGUUUUAAAGAAACCAUAAAAAUGUAUAUGUUAUAGCACACAAAAAUGAUUUUGUCAUCUAGUGAUUUCAAUCAGUAUUAAUAUUUAUAUUUACAGUAUUUUUUUUAUAAAUGAAAAAUAUUUUAACGGUGAAAACAAUGAAGCCAAUAUGAUUCAAUCUGAGUGGAACUUGACACUUGCGUUGUUGUUGUUAUCUGCAUUCUGAGAAGGUAUUAUUGUCAAGAAAAAUGAUAUAAGAGUAAAACAAAUGAUGUAUAGGAAAAAUUAGUUUGGGGCCCUAUGAUUGAUGACAGAAAAUAUAACAAAUUUGGAAGAGUUGAACUUAGAUAUACCUGGCUUAAGAGAGUUAUCACAUUUUAAUGCCAGCUGUUUCCAAUGUGUUAACACUAUACAGGCAGUCUCUGAGUUACAAACAUCUGACUUACAAAUGACUCAUAGUUAAGAAUGAUUUUUUUCAUGUCAGGAGCAACUUGAGAAACUGCAAGUUGCUUUUGGUGUGGAGAAUUGGCUGUCUCCAAGGACAUUGCCCAGGGGAUGCCUGAGUGUUUUGAUGUUUUUUACCAUUUUUGUGGGAGGCAUCUCUCAUGUCCCCGCAUGCAGCUGGAGCUAAUAGAGGGAGCUCAUCCAUGCUCUUCCUGGGUUGGAUUCGAACCGGCAACCUUCAGGUCAGCAACUCAACCUUCAAGUCAGCAGUCCUGCUGGCACAAGGGUUUAACCCCCUGCACCACCAGGGGUUCCUAAGAACAGGGGUGAGGCAACAUUAAGUGGGGGAAAUCUACCCCCCCAAAGCUAAAUUCACUCCUGAAAUGCGGAAUAAGUGUCUCUACUGAAGGUUUUCAAGAUCCAAUCACCGGAUAGAAAGUGAAGUGAAAUCUUCUGAGCUGGAGCACAGACAGCAAAACAAACACUCGUUGGGGUGUUAACCGUUCCCUAUGCUAUCCAAAACUUUAAAAGAUAUAUUUUUGGCUGGAGUUACAUGUGAAAAAUAUACCUGUUUUGACUUCCAUACAAAUUCAAUUUAAGAGCAAUUCUACAGAGUCUAUCUUGUCCAUAACGUAGGGACUGCCUGUGUACACAUUCCUUUCACAUGUUGCAUUAAAUGGGGCAUAAAGAAAAAAUGCCAAAUACAUCAAGUAUAAGACCUUCA